AUGGAGAGAGGUGUGUAUGGUGUGGUUGGUGUAAGUUGUGCAGAGACGCAGCGUAACGACGAACAAUUCUUCGCCCGUUCAGCUCCCCCCGUCUACCUGUGCCCCCGUAGCCGCGGCGGCGGUCGGUAUGGUGGUGCCGGUGCCGGC